AUGUCCAACGGUCAAGAUGGUCACGCCCACCCGCCGGCGGCGUCUCUGAAAAAGGGAAAGCAGAAGAAGGCGGUCGACUCGAACGAGUCUGCAAAGUUGCUCGCGCAACGCAUCUCGCAGCUAGAGCAAGAAUCAGCUGGAGAGAAGGAUCAGGAAGCUGAGAUUGAGCGCGAGGUCAAGCGUGCGAACCGCGAUCUGGCCCAACAGGUGGCAAAGAUGAGCGAUCUGCAAAAGAUUGAGCACCUCACCCGCCGGUCCAGCGAACUGCUAGCCGACAUGCGCCGUGUGGAGCGCGAGAACCAGAAGAACAAGAAACGCGGAGACGCCCUGCAAAAGGAAAAGGAUGCGAAUCGCACCGAGCUCAGCAAGACGGUCGGCCUGAAGGAGAAGCUCGAGAAGCUCUGUCGCGAACUGCAGCGGGAUAACAACAAGUACAAGAACGAGAACAAGACCCUCCAGGACAAUCUGAAGCAUAACAGCUCUGCGUACGACGAGAAGCAUGCGGCCCUGCUUGCCAAGCUGGAGGGGAUCCAAGAAGAAAAGGACCAUCCGCGGAAGCAGGUUGUGGACAUGAGCGUCGACACCUUAUUCAAGAACCGGUUCAAGUCCUUCAUUGAGCAGUACGAGUUGCGUGAGCUACACUUCCACUCCACGAUGCGCACCAAGGAGCUGGAGGUGCAAUACAACAUGGCGCGCUACGAACGAGAGAAGAAGCUCGCAGAGGCCGAGUCGACGAGAGCGCGGAAUCUCCAGGCGCAAGUCCAGACCUUUACCAAGACGGAGACGGAGCUUCGGAAUCAACUCAACGUCUACGUUGACAAGUUCAAGCAGGUUGAGGACACGCUCAACAACAGCAACGACCUCUUUCUCACGUUCCGGAAGGAAAUGGAGGACAUGUCCAAGAAGACGAAGCGGCUGGAGAAGGAGAACGAGACGAUGAAGCGCAAGCACGAGGCGACGAAUGCCAACAUCAUCCGCAUGGCCGAGGAGCGCGAGGACUGGCGCAAGAAGGCUGCCGAGGCGAUCAAGAGAGCCGAGAAGCUUAGGAGCAUUAUCGAGCAGAUGCAGCAGCAGGGCCGCAAGGUUCCGCCCGGAGCGGCGGCGACGCUGGAAAGUUGCUACUCGGACAGCAACGGCCACAUGGACGGGGACGGCAGCGACUACUCGGACGAGGAGGAGGAGGGUGAGGAGGAUCCGAGCGAGUUCGACGAUGAUACGGAGGAGGAGCCCCAACCUGGAGAGCCAGAACCCCCCCGACCCUACGGUCCAGAGAGACCACCAGUACCCCAAGCUGCAACGAACGGCCACUAG